AUGGCUUCGCGCAGCGUUGGCGAUCACAUUAACUACUACGUGCACCACACCAACAUCAAUUUCCGGCUUCCUACGAGCCCGGAUAUGCCAAUCCUGAUGGCGCCCGCGGGAACUGGAAUAGCUCCGAUGCGCGCUUCCUGUAAGAGCGUGCUGUUAUCGCCGAGACUGAGCCUCGCCUCGGCAAUCCUGUUCUAUGGAUGCAGCGACCCAAACAAGGACUUCAUUUACAAAGACAAGUUGCGGUCCUAG